GCGCGCAGGGUUCAUCAUGUCCUCCAGGUGUAUUCUCCUGUAGUCACACCACAGACAGCCGUGAUCAAACCUUCAUCAUCAGCAUCUUCAUCAUCUCUCCUGCUGUGUGUGUGUGUGUUGAUGAUGCGACUGUUUGUUUUCUGGACAGCGGUGUGUGUUCUAUAUACUGGAGUGAGAUGUCUCCCACUUGUGGAUGUGAAGGGCACGGGUGACUGUAACCUUGAAGAUGCCAGUAUGAGGACCAACACAAACGGACCGAUGGCAGACUGUGACGUACGGGAGACAGAUGCUGUUCUAAAUACUGAAGAGAGACACGACAGUCUGCUGAAAGAAUUACAGGAACUAGCAGAACAAGAGAAAGAAAGAGAGCGAAAAUACACCCGUGAGACAGACGAGUACGAACAGAAUGACACUGACCAGGAGGAAGAGUGGGAUGAUGAUGGUGAUGAGGAAGAUGAAGAUGAGAUGGUGAUGAAGACAGAGCAGAAUGAAAGAGAGCUGGAGGAGCUGCUGGACGAUGAGAUCAGAGAGACUGAGACGCAGAGGAGACAAGACGAGCAGCUGGAGGAACUUCUGAAAGAACUGAAGAACAGACGACUGGAGAAGAAACACAUGAAGGAUGUUCCGUCGCAGGAGGAGGACGAGGAGGACAAGAGGAAGAACGAGUUGGAGCUGAUGGUGGAGAAGGAGAAGGUGGAGAAGGAGCUGAAGGAGCUGCUGGAGGAGGAGAUGAAGGACACCAAGAGCUGGAACAAACAGAAGGAGAAAGAAGAGAAACAGGAGGAGCUGCAGGAGCUGAUGAAGAAGAUGAAACACGUGCAGGAGGAAGAGCAGGAGAGGAAUACGACAGACGGGAAGAGAGAGACAGGUCCAGAGAGUGGAGGAGAAACAGACAGAAAAGAGCUGCAGCAGAAGCGAGAGAUGGAGAAUGUCAGUGAUGAAGCAACACAACAGUUUGACAGAGAGGAAGAGGAUGAGACACAGCAGGAGGAAGAUGAUGAGGAAGAUGAGGAGCUGUUAGAGAUUGAAGCCGAGUUGAGGAAAGUGGCGGCAGAACUACGUGAACUUCGCAUGGGUUAAACACACAUGGUACAUUCAUCAGGUUUUACACAGAAAUGUAGAAAUCCCAUGAGAACAGGCCCACACACACACACAAACACCUACACUCAUGAACACAAUCAGAUACAAGCCAUAAUGCAGUUACAUCGAAUACACACACACGCACACUCACACACACACAUCUGCAUCUCACAGCUACCAGUGUGACUAUUCAUUUCGCUGCCGCCUCAUUUCAAUAAUAUAUACAAAUUCAUAUCUAUAUUGUAAUGCAAUAUAUCACUGAGUGGUGAAAUAAGUAUAAUUACGUAUAACACAAAUGUGCACAUGUGAUGAAGUAACAAUGUAAUUUGUGCUCUCGACUGUUACUGUAUAUCUGUUUUUUUACUCUGAUUUGAACAUGGCUAAAAACUGUUCUGAGGUUAGAACAUGAGCUGUUUCCUGAUCACAUGAUCAACUGGAUCAGUUAAUAUUCUGCAGGUGUGCAAUUGAUGAGUAAUAAUGAGUUGCAGAGUACAAUCGAGUGUUUAUAACUGUGUGUGUGUAUCAUGUGUGUAUGCAUUCAUGUGUGUGUGACAGGAAACACUUGUGGUCUUUCCCUGUAUGUUGCACUUUCCUGUAAAUUAGCAGCCAAUGAGAGCAGGUCUGGUCUCAGACUCCGCCCACACACAGUGAGAGUUGGGAAGCAAACGAGCAAUAAGAGGAAGUGAUGUUUGAUACAUACAUACAGCGUGAGCCACAGAACUAGAUCGAUAAUAUUUCUUUUGAAUGUAAACAACUUACAAAGAUUAGCUGAAACUAUAAACACAUUUGAUUAUGAGACUAGAUCGUAUGUCUUUUAUCUUCUGUUUUAACUUGUUAUAAAGUAAUAAAGAGCUGUUCUCUGGACACG